GGCAGAGCGGGCGACGCGGCAGCACCCUACCAGCGGCUGGACUAGUCGGGAGACCCUAGCGCCCCUGCUCCUGGCCUCCGCCCCCUCGUGGUCUCCGCCUCCUUGCCUCACACACCCCCCGGGCCGCCCGGGCCCCAGGCCUUCCCGGCGCUCCUCCUCCCUCUCUUCAUACUCGCUUUGGCCGGGGUCCUCUUGCUGCCUGCUGGCCUUGCUGCUUCUGGGGCGAGUCCUCCUCCUUGGGCUCCCCUUUCUCUCUCUCUCUCUCUCUCUCUCUCUCUCUCUCUCUCUCUCUCACACACACACACACACACACACACACACACACACACACACACACACUCGUGCCCUUGCUCUCUGGGCCACCCCUUCCUCUCCAGCCCUACUCCUCUCGUUCUUGCUAACGCCGCCGUCGGGGGAGGAUUGAUGUCCCUUCAGCAUCAUGCAGCCACCGCCGAGAAAGGUGAAAGUAACACAAGAACUGAAAAACAUUCAAGUUGAGCAGAUGACAAAACUUCAAGCCAAACAUCAAGCAGAAUGUGAUUUGCUUGAAGAUAUGAGGACAUUCAGUCAGAAGAAGGCUGCUAUUGAAAGAGAGUAUGCACAGGGUAUCCAGAAGUUGGCUAGUCAGUACCUGAAGAGAGAUUGGCCUGGAAUUAAAGCUGAUGAUCGGAAUGAUUACAGGAGCAUGUAUCCUGUUUGGAAAUCCUUUCUCGAGGGAACAAUGCAGGUAGCCCAGUCUCGGAUCAAUAUAUGUGAAAAUUAUAAAAACUUCAUUUCUGAGCCUGCCAGGACUGUGAGAAGUUUAAAAGAACAGCAACUAAAAAGGUGUGUGGACCAGUUGACAAAGAUCCAAACUGAAUUACAAGAGACAGUGAAAGAUUUAGCUAAAGGCAAAAAGAAGUACUUUGAGACUGAGCAGAUGGCUCAUGCAGUGCGAGAGAAAGCUGACAUUGAGGCAAAGUCUAAACUUAGUCUUUUUCAAUCAAGAAUCAGUUUACAGAAAGCAAGUGUAAAGUUAAAAGCCCGUCGAUCUGAGUGUAAUUCCAAAGCUACCCACGCAAGGAAUGAUUAUCUUCUUACACUAGCAGCAGCAAAUGCACAUCAGGAUCGCUACUAUCAAACAGAUUUAGUUAACAUUAUGAAGGCUCUCGAUGGCAAUGUGUAUGAUCACCUCAAGGAUUAUUUAAUAGCCUUCAGCCGGACUGAGCUAGAAACAUGCCAAACUGUGCAGAACACAUUCCAGUUUUUGUUAGAGAACUCCAGCAAGGUGGUACGGGACUAUAAUCUUCAGCUGUUUUUACAAGAGAAUGCUGUAUUUCACAAACCUCAACCCUUCCAGUUCCAGCCCUGUGACAGUGAUACUAGUUUAAGAGCUGCCCAACUGGUGGAUAUUGAGCUCUCCCCUGUCUGUGCUUUGAGAAUGACCAUAGCUGAGAGUCGACAAUUAGAAUCAGAAACUGGGACCACAGAGGAGCACAGUCUAAAUAAAGAGGCUAGGAAAUGGGCCACACGUGUGGCACGUGAGCACAAAAACAUUGUUCAUCAACAACAGGUUCUAAAUGAACUUGAAUGCCAUGGAGUUGCUGUAUCAGAACAAAGCCGAGCAGAACUGGAACAGAAAAUAGAUGAAGCUAGAGAAAAUAUUCGUAAAGCAGAGAUAAUUAAGUUGAAAGCUGAAGCCCGGCUAGACCUGCUAAAGCAGAUUGGCGUUUCUGUGGACACAUGGCUAAAGAGUGCCAUGAACCAAGUAAUGGAAGAACUGGAAAAUGAGCGGUGGGCCCGCACUCCUGCAGCCACCAGCAAUGGCACACUACACUCGCUAAAUGCAGAUAAUGAAAGAGAAGAAGGAGAAGAGUUUGAAGACAAUAUGGAUGUUUUUGAUGACAGUAGUUCCAGUCCUUCUGGUACCUUAAGAAAUUAUCCACUCACCUGCAAAGUUGUUUAUUCCUACAAGGCUUCUCAACCAGAUGAGUUGACCAUUGAGGAACAUGAGGUGUUAGAAGUGAUUGAAGAUGGAGAUAUGGAAGACUGGGUAAAGGCUCGAAAUAAAGUUGGCCAAGUGGGUUAUGUGCCAGAAAAGUACCUACAGUUUCCCACCUCGAACAGCCUACUGAGCAUGCUGCAGUCCUUGGCCGCUUUGGACAGUCGGUCACACACAUCCAGCAAUUCCACGGAAGCAGAACUCGUUUCAGGCAGCCUCAACGGAGAUGCCAGUGUCUGUUUUGUGAAAGCACUUUAUGAUUAUGAGGGCCAGACAGAUGAUGAGCUAUCUUUUCCUGAGGGAGCAAUCAUUCGUAUCUUGAACAAAGAGAACCAAGAUGACGAUGGCUUCUGGGAAGGGGAAUUCAAUGGGCGGAUUGGAGUGUUCCCAUCGGUGCUAGUGGAAGAACUUUCAGCCUCAGAAAAUGGUGAUACUCCAUGGAUGAAAGAGAUUCAGAUCUCUCCUUCCCCCAAGCCGCAAACCUCCCUGCCUCCGCUACCGCUGUAUGACCAGCCUCCCAGCAGUCCUUACCCCAGCCCGGAUAAGAGGAGUGCCCAGCUCUUCCCCCGGUCUCCUUCAACAAAUGAAAACAGCCUCCAUGCUGAGUCACCAGGAUUCUCACAGGCAUCAAGGCAUACUCCUGAGACCUCAUAUGGCAAACUCCGGCCUGUCCGAGCGGCUCCCCCUCCACCCACACAGAACCACCGAAGGCCAGCAGAGAAGAUGGAGGAUGUGGAGAUCACACUGGUGUGACUAUGGGCUUGCCCUUUGUUACCGCUACAAUCAAGGCCAGGCUUGGAGUUUGGCCCAUCCUGUUGUUUAGGCACCUUUGCAUGAUGGUGACUCUUGAACAGAGCAAAACCAAGGCAGAUUCUCUGUGACUGGGUGGCCUGGUGAACUCCUCCCAUGUUUUGAAUAUUUUGUGCCUUUUUUUGUUGUCAUUUUCUAUGUCAUCUCUCCUACCAUAGCACAAGUCCUAGUGGGCCCUAGAAGCAGAGGAGAGCAGCCCUCAUGCCUAACAGUGGUCCAUUUUUAUAGGAGAUUCCAGUCCAGGCCUCAUUCCAGGGAAUAGUCACAGAAUUCUGAUCAUGUGUGCUCGUACAGUAUAUUACUGUGGCCACAAGGAUGUGGCAAAGAUCUCAUCGUUCUUCAAGUGGCUUUUGCUCAUCUGAUUAAGUAUUAAUCAGAUUCUGUUGGCUCCAAAAGGAAACAGAAGGAGGGAUUCAGGAGAGGCUGGCUCCUCCCUGAAGUUCGUCCCCAGAUGAAGAGUGAAACCAUACCAGGAAAAAGUGGACUGCCCGUUGCAUUAGCGCCAGUUGCAUUAACGCACAUCUCUUCCACAACUAACAGAUUUAAAAUAAUAACAGUGUCCUUUGUAUUAAUAUUUAUGCCAUUCAUUUAGUAUUAGUGGGGCUAACCUGGAGGGGGCUAAACUAGUAGCCACAUCUUGCCCAUCACAUAGACUAAUAGAAAGGAGGCUACGGCCACAGCAGAGAUGGAGCUUCCAGUUCUGAAAUGAGCCGGUUUAAUGUUCUUUUUGUCUUUGGACAUUUUUCAACUCAGUUUUUACAGCAUAUACUCUUCUGACCAAUAUCUUUAGAACCUGAGUGUCUGAUAAAUUAAGGACACAUGCCUGCUUGUUGAGCUUCUCUAUCGGGGAGGUCCCUAGCACUAUUUUGUUCGCAGGCUAGUGCACUGACCCAGACAGCCUGGUCGCUGUUGGUAUAGACAAGCUGUCACUCAUGAAAAAUGCAGACUCCAGGUCCUCCCUGAUGCUUCCUAGGAAGGAAGAACCUGUGGGCCUGUGGAGGAAACUAGCUUCCUGAGCAAGAAAAGACUCUGACUGCACAUCCCACACAAGUGCAGACUGAUGAGGAAGAGGAGCCUUCUGCGAGUCCCAGGAGAGCUGGGGAUGGGAGGGGUGUUCAGCAGUCUGCAGCACUGGGAAUAGCGUGGGGCUCUGACUUUCCACCCAUGGAAGGUAGGGAGUGCGUUACCUAGGGACUAAGGGAGGCUUGCCUGUUGCUUUUCUGUUUUUGCUAAGAAAUCAGAUUUUUUAGAAUUUAACCCAAAAGUUGUAUUAUGCUUUGAAAAUCCCAUCCCUCUUAAGAAUCUUUAGAAACUUGAAAUGCUCACCAAACAUCCCCGUGGGAUUUUUGACAAAAUGUAGGGUCAGAACCGAAGAAGUUUUCAGUUAUUCAUUUGAUCACUUCAGUAACGAUACCCUUGACUGUUCUCUAUGGUUUUGGUUUUUUGCAUUUUGUAAGCUGUUGAUCUAUUUGAGGUCUUUUUAUGUUUAUCAAACUUAUUCUUAAGUUUAAAAGAGCAAUUAAAAGGGUGGUUUUUUAAAGAUUUUACAAUUUGCUGAAAUGUUACAAUUCUAAAAAGUGCUUAUUAAAUAGAGCAGUUCAACUUGCCACCCAGUCUUCUACUCUUUCUUUAGCUAGCCAAAUUUUCCUUGAAUUUGGAUUUUUCACAACUUCAGAAAGUUGUUGAAGUCUUUUGUUAGAUCUUAAAAUGUUUCUUGAAAGAGCUGCUAAUUUUAUUUUUAAAAACAAAGUUGUAAAAAUAUGCCUCCUUUUUAAAAAAAUAAUCCCUCCCUCCAGGACAUGUAACCCAGCAUCACCAUGCACAGGGCAGGGCUCAGAAAGAGUCUCUGUGCAGAUGCGCUUUCUUUACAGUGGCUGUAAAAAAUUUGUAUUUAUUAUGUAUAAAAUAUUGAAUAAUAAAAAAUGGAAUUAAGUUU